GCGCGACUCGACUUCAUCGUACAACAAACGCGACAGAGCCGGGAGCUGUAUUGAGUGCCGGGAAAGGGCUACUUGCUGGCAGUCUCACAUGUCGACGCAUGGCUCUUCUGCUUUCUAUGCAAUAUCAUUGCUACCGCCAUCGCAACAAGCAUGUCCGCCAAUAAUCGGGCAUUUCUCAGGCCUGAAACAACAAGAGGUCAUUGUUGCGACAGGAGCAACACUAACGGUGUACAAGGUCGAUAACAACACUGGAAAACUCGUCAAAUUAGCGAGUCAUGAGGCAUUUGGCAUCCUGCGAACCAUGGCAGCUUUUCGAUUGACGGGUUCGAGCAAGGACUACGUCUUACUCUGCUCAGACUCGGGUCGUCUCUCUGUCCUUGAAUAUCGACCCGACAAGGCGUGCUUCACCAAGAUACAUCAAGAAACAUACGGUAAGUCAGGUGUACGGCGAGUUGUACCUGGCGAAUUCAUGGCAGUGGAUCCGAAAGGACGUGCAGUCUUCAUUGCGAGCGUCGAGAAGAACAAGCUGGUCUAUGUGCUUAAUCGAGAUGCUGCUGCUAAUGUCACCAUAUCAUCGCCACUAGAAGCACUGUCGCCAGGAUCCUUGCUAUUUCACUCCGUGGCGCUCGAUGUCGGCUACGACAAUCCGGUCUUUGCCACAAUCGAGGUCAACUAUAGCGACUCAGACCAAGAUCCUACUGGCAGGGCGUAUGAAGAAGUGCAAAAAACCUUGACGUACUACGAGCUCGAUCUGGGUUUGAACCAUGUUGUGCGUGAAUGGACUGAGAUUAUCAAUCGUCAUGCAAACAUGUUGAUUGCGGUUCCUGGUGGGUACGACGGCCCUAGUGGCGUGCUGGUCUGUGCACCUGAUGAAAUUGUUUACAUGCACAAAGGCCGUCCUUCAAGAAGAGUACCGAUACCGCAUCGUCGCGGUUUGCUUGAAGAUCCGGACCGGCAGCGUAGAAUCGUGGCGCACGUUACACAACUCUUGAAGGGCUCUUUCUUCCUCCUUGUACAGACAGAGGACGGCGACCUCUUCAAGCUCUCAAUUGAUCAUUUCGAAGGAGAUGUCACAUCUAUGAGAAUAAAAUAUUUUGAUACAGUGCCCGUUGCAACAGGCCUGACAUUCUUCAAGUCGGGCUAUCUGCUUGUGGCGAGCGAAUUUGGCAACAGCCAGCUGUAUCAGAUCGAAAGGUUAGGCGACGAUGAUGACGAGCCAGAGUUCACGGAGACCUCAAAGCAUGCUUCCUUUCAACCCACAGCUCUCACAAACUUUACGCUGGUUGACGAAAUUGAGUGCUUCAACCCUAUCCUUGAUGCUAAAGUGCUCAAUCUCACUCAAGAAGACGCACCACAGAUCUACGCAGCUUGCGGCCGUGGUGCACGAUCAAGCUUUAAGACAAUUCGCAAUGGUCUGGAAGUCAGUGAGCUCGUUGCCAGCGAAUUGCCCGGCAAGCCGACUGCUAUAUGGACCACACAGUUGGCUAGAGAAGAUGCCCAUGAUGCAUACAUUGUCUUGUCAUUUACUGAUGGCACACUCGUGCUUUCCAUUGGUGAAACGGUCGAGGAAUUAACGGAGACUGGAUUCUUGACAUCAGCGCCUACUCUUGCAGUACAGCAACUUGGCGAAGAUGCGCUCAUUCAAGUACAUCCGAAAGGCAUCAGACACGUCCAGCGUGAUUUGCGCGUCAAUGAAUGGCACGCACCUGCACGGCGUACCAUCGUUCAGGCAACGACGAACAAUCGGCAAGUCGUGGUGGCCCUGAGCUCCGGAGAGCUCGUUUACUUUGAGCUUGAUGAAGAUGGCCAGCUCAAUGAAUACCAGGAGAAGAAAGAGAUGAGCGGUGGUGUCACAGCGCUAGCGAUUGGCGCUGUGCCUGAAGGUCGGCAACGAAAUCCAGUGCUUGCUGUGGCGUGUGAUGACUCGACUGUUCGAAUCAUCUCUCUGGAUCCAGACAAUACUCUGGAAUCGCUCAGUGUACAAGCUUUAACUGCGCCUGCUAGUGCACUAUGUAUGGUGAGUAUGGACGAUGGACAUGCGACAACAGUCUACCUCCACAUCGGAUUGCAAAAUGGCAUCUACUUGCGCACAUCGCUGGACUCGACGGGUCAGCUGACAGACACUCGAACCCGCUUUUUAGGUUCAAAGCCAGUAAAGCUGUUCAAUGUGAAGGUGCAAGAGCAGGCUGCAGUCUUGGCCCUCUCGUCACGCCCGUGGCUCGGGUACAUCUGGAAUUCUGCAAUGCAAUUGACGCCCUUGCAGUACGAGAAUAUUGACUUUGCAGCACCAUUCUCGAGCGACCAGUGUCCAGAAGGGCUCGUUGGUAUCAAGGGUCCAUCUCUCAGGAUUUUCACGAUCGAUAACCUUGGCAAUAAGAUGCGUGCUGAAUCUCAUCCUCUCAGCUAUACGCCACGCAAGUUUGUCCAGCAUCCAAAUCAAGCCCUCUUCUACAUCCUGGAAGCCGAUCAUCAUGCCAUGUCGGCAGACAAGCGCAGCAAAGCGAUAUCAGAGAAACAGAAUGGCAGCGAGCAUCAAUCAUUCCUUCCCGAACAUGGACUUCCCUGGGCUGCGAACGGCUGCUGGGCGUCGUGUAUCAGGAUCUUCGAUCCCAGCAAGCAGGAAGAUGUGUCGCUUCUCGAACUUGAAGAUGACAUUGCUGCUUUCUGUGCCUGCAUAGUCACUUUCGCCUCCCGCGGCAACGAGCUCUUCCUGGCCGUUGGGGCUGCUCAGGGCGCCGAGUUGAUGCCAAAGUCAUGCAAACAAGCAUACUUGCUGAUUUAUCGAAUAGUAGACGAUGGCAGAGCACUAGAACUUGUCCACAAGACGGAAACGAGUGAUAUCCCUUUAGCACUUUGCGCGUUCCAAGGCAAGCUCUUGGUCGGUCUGGGCGGAGUCUUGCGCCUAUAUGACAUCGGUCUGAAGCGUUGCCUUCGCAAAUCAGAGACUGAAGUUACAUCCAAUAGUAUCAUUGGACUGGAAACGCAAGGCGACCGCAUCGUCAUUUCUGACAAUGUCGAGGCUGUCACGCUGGCAGUCUACAAGCAUAACGACAACAAGAUCAUUUGCUUUGCAAACGACACCUUGCCACGAUGGACCACGGCAUCCACUAUGGUGGACUAUGACACUAUUGCUGGAGGCGACCGGUUUGGCAACCUUUGGAUCGUGCGUGUGCCCAAGAAUGUCUCUGAGCUUAGUGACAAUGACACCACGGGCAAUACGCUCAUACAUGAACGGCCGUACUUGCAGGGAGCGGCGCAUCGCCUUGACACCUUGGCUCACUAUCAUAUCGGCGAUAUUCCCACGUCCAUCUCAAAGACUCAGCUUGUAGCAGGUGGCCGCUCUGUCUUGGUCAUUACUGGCAUCAUGGGUAGCAUCUCACUGCUGAUUCCAUUCGUUGCAAAGGAAGAUGCAGAAUUUUUUGCAGCACUAGAGACAAAUCUCAGAACUGAAGAUGAGCCGCUUGCUGGGCGCGACCACAUGAUGUAUCGCGGGUACUAUGCGCCUCCCAAGUCGGUGAUUGACGGUGACCUCUGCGAACGUUAUGCCUUGCUCUCCAUCACGAAGCAGCGUAUGAUUGCAGGAGAGCUUGAUCGCGAUGUCGCUGAAGUGAAGAGUAAAAUCGAGAAUCAGCGUAUCCGAUUUUCCUAGUCUAGUGAGAUGUUGAUGCUGUAUACAAGUAGAAAUGUAAUGCAUGAGGCAACUGCACUCC